AGGGAGUAAGUAUUGUUUUUUUUUUUUUUAAACUCGGGAGUGAAAUUUCAUUCCUCCUGUCAACUUUUGAGAAAGAAAGUAAGCUGAGAAUAUAAAUAAAUACGAAAAAGAUUUCUUGAAAAGGUUUUAAGGAUGAGAUGCCUGGCAAUCGUCACUCUGCUAUUUAGUGCAUAUGCUUUAGUGCAUAGUAACUGUGAUUUAUCUAAUGCAAAAAGAGAUGUGGACUUUCCUGAUAUAGAAAAAGAUGGCAUAGAAUCGUACCAGCUUUCUGUGGAAUACACAAUUCCAAAUGUUCAACAAACCAAUUACUACACUGAAUAUUAUGAUCUUGUUGAGAGACGAGGCAGAAUAGAUGCCCAUCAAGAAGGGAAAAGUUUAUCUUAUAUGUACUGGACACAGACCAAUGAAGCAUGGGAAAUAACGGAACAAACAUGCACAUUUAAGAACGCCACAGAUACACCCGAUAUGGAGAGUCAAGACAUGAUAGAUUGGCGGUACAGUGUUGAAGGUGAUGAUGAAAAAAGAACAUUCGGACCUUCCGCCAUGUUCAAGAUUGCAAGAGAUGUUUGGAACAGUACAUCGAGGAAUUAUAAAAUGGCAUACAUGGGUAAAACUGAUUUCACUAUUAGAGGUCUCAAAGCCCAGUAUUGGAGGAGGUGCAGUGGAAAUGACAAUUCUUACGUUGAUUAUUAUUUCACGACUGACGAUGAGCAGGAUCCUCUCGGAACCGAUUUGAAAAGAAUACCCCUGAGGGUGUAUUUCGGUGGCAAGAAAGACGGAAUGGGAGAAGAAACUUCAAUUCAACAAUACGAAAUCAUCACAUUGCAACCUUUCAUCUCGAGGAACGUCUAUCCAUUCCAACUUCCAAAAGGUUAUGGUUGCAAGAGAGGAAACUUGGAAGAUACUCCGGAAUUGCCAGACUUUGGAGACACUAACCUGCAAUUCGGCGCUGAGGUUAUCUACAGGAAAGUAAACUACCAAAACGAAGAUAUGGAAUACUGGAGCUAUUACAGUACUCUUACAAUGGCUUUUGACAUUGAAUCUCAGCACAUAGCAUACUAUUACACUCCCUGGAAUACCACCAAACCUCAGCCCGGCGAAGAACCAUCAGUGUUAUCUCCGGAAUACGUCAUCUAUGACAUGAAGCACAAGUAUGCUUACAAAACUGAUUUGGUGACAGGUGCCUGUUCCAUCUCAAGAUCAAAAUCCUUCUAUCCUACUUACAAGCUUCCGAACAAAGGGGGUGAGUUGAUACUGACAGAUGGAUCCAUUCUCUUUCCCUUAUCAGGAAUGUCCUACUUAUCCGAGGGAAUAAAUAGAGGCCUAAAGGUGAACGUUUUCGAAGAAAUAAUUGAAAAUUACAUCUUGAACAAUGCUACAGAAAUCACUGUUCCUCAAGCAAUCAUCACACAUUCUUAUUUAAAAGAUGAUGAAAUGAUAAGAAGUUCUGAGUCCGUUAAAAAUGCUUUAGUUCAAAUCCAAGUCAUCCUGAAUGGCAGAGAAGAUAAGGUAUCAGAGUUAUUGGUAUUCAACUUUUUCAACUUCGAUACUGAAAUAAAAAAUAGAAGAUUCAUUUUCGAUGUUCAACGAUGCUUCAAAAAUGAUAAUGACUAUCUAUGGGUUACUAUUGGUUUUAAUGCAGACGAAGCAACAUUGAUGAAAAUCAGGGAUGAUGUCCCGAGCAUUCAAUCGAACAUUAUGAAUAGCCUUUACUCUACUUCUGAAUUAAACCCUGUUAGAGUACCUACCAUUCUCGUGGAUAUUAAAGAAGGAUUAUUUGUGACAUUAUUGAUACUAGGGAAGCCUCCAGUUCUUUGGGAUUUCUUGGAUCCGGAAAAGGGAAAAACUCUGAGAGGAGCGUCUGAUGUGGAUGGAGUUCAAGAUAAAGGAUCUUGUGCUACCAAGUGUCUGGAAGAGGAAGACAAUUGCUGGUAAAAAUUUAAUU